GUACAUAAAGUUCAGGGUCGUAAAUGUCAGCGCAAAUGAAACAGAUGCGGAACGCAACUGAAACAGAGGUUUCGGAUAUUGGGGGAUUGCGCAGGGUUUUCGCAAAGUCUACAUUUAAUAGUGAAAAAUUUGCUAAGAAUGUAUUCAAAGAUGGAGAUGCAGCUACUAUCAGUAUGCUUGAUAAGCUUAACAUCAUGUCGACUGAUGCGUCCAGCAAGAUGAAACGUGCAGUAUUCGAAAACUACAAAUUAUUCAUUAAAGCUGGUAAAGCUGCUAGCCAGUUAGAAAAUACAAUGCAUCAAAUUCAUAAUGAAUUUACUGAAAAGCAGCGGGUAAUAAAUGCUCUUACGGAGGUAUCCUUAUUUGGUGAUAUCAUCACAGAUACAUGUUCAGAUCGUGCUGCCUCUGAUGUACAGGAUGAUGAAAAGUCUGGAAAUGUAUUACGCAGUGAAUAUGCUGGUAUUUCAGUCAGUCGUUUAGCGGAACUAGUUGAGGGUGCUUCAGUUUUAGUCGGUGAUUCAAGUCGUCGUGUUAUCUUCGAUGGAGAUUUGCGUGAAUUAAGUAUGAAUGAUUUUUCUUUUCUAUGUAUGGCUAGAGUGUUUGUACUCACAGAUACCUUGGUUAUUGCAUAUCAUAGUCAAUCUGGUCUUUCUUAUCCAUAUCGUCUUCAAACAACAUAUGAUCUAACUAAUUUUGCUGUUGCAAAUUUUCCUACUGCUGCUGAUCGACAACAAAAUCCUCCACCUAAUACAUUCAAAUUGUUAGUAUUCCCGUCGAAUCGUCUUUUUCAAGCAGAAACAGCUAGUGAUAAGAAACGUUGGCUCACUCUAUUGGAUGCUACAAUGCGUAAGCAUAGAACUUCUCAAUCAUAUAAUGAUCCAAAUCUAAAAUAUGAUACAAGUAUCUCAUCUGACAUAUCUGCAGGCAGUUUGAACACGAAUGCUAUGAAGUUGACAAUGCAACCGCCAAAAGUAUCUGCUGAAGCUACUCUAGCUGGUCAUAAGGCGUUGUCGUCUACUCUACCCGACUGUGCAGACCUUUUAACACCUAUCGAUCAGUUAGACUUAUCAACGAAAAAGAAUCCUUUUGAUGAUUCAGGGGACAAUAUAAAAUCUCGCACAACAAAUAUUGGCAAGCAUAAAUCACGUCAUAAUUGGCUAUGGGAUGUUCCAGAAGAUUUAGAUGUAGCCAUAUCAGAGAGAAAUUUUCUACGUGCUACAAAUUUAAUUGUUAAAGCCAAAGACGCCUUAAAUCAAAUCCUUACUGAAGAUAUAUCGAAACCGUCUAGAGAAGAGGAUGCGAUGAAUUCAUCAGUAAGAAAUUCUAUUCGUCGAAAUCAACAAUCUGAUACAGUUGAUUAUAGAUUGAAAACAGAUUGGGAGAAAUUAUCAAAACGUAUUGAACGCAAUGAAUGCAAUCUUACACAAUCAUUACAAUAUGAGUUAAUUUCAGCUGCUUGUAGACAUGGUGCACCAAAAUCUGUGAAGUCAGCUGUUACUCAAUUAGGUCUACUUGGUAAAGCUACACUUGCCGCUGAAUUAUUUCUAGUCUAUCGAUCACAAGUAAUGACUAAAGCACUGACACACGGUGUUCAUCAAGAAGGCAAUCAACUGAUCUAUUUGAAUAAACUAUCGCUUACAUUUCAUCGUAAUUUAGCUGAAACAUUGGCUGAAUGGCGUCAAAGUGUUGUUGAACCGUUAGGUGAAAUUCUUGCUACAAAAUCUAUGGGUGUAUCAAAACAACAAUUUGAAAAUAUCUGCUCUUUAAAAUUCUACAGUUGGGCAUUAGAUGAAACAGAGAAAUUCAGCCAUCAACUUCGUGUUCUCCUCAUUGACAGUCAUGCUGUAUCCUUUUAUUCAAUGGCGUAUGCUGCUCAACGGAUUAAAGCACAUUCUGAUAAGAAUCGUUUUCUGGUUAAACAGUUGACCAUUGAUGCCUUGAAAAGUUUAGGCAUUCUUUUUAAAGCAUUAGUCAAGGAGCUACUCAUAUUAUAA